UCCAUCACGCUUUGUCGUCUACCGAGAUGAACAGCUGAUCAGCAAGUGACAUUUUUGUGUUAGUCUGCAAUGUUGGCUAUAAUGAAUCGGGUGUAAUUCUAUCAAAAAGUUGUUUGUAGCGUUUUGUUUUUUGUUUGCAAAUGAACUUUUCUAAAUAAAAGAGCUUUUAGCAAAUACAAAAUGAAUCUGUAGCGUACAAAAAAAUCAAAACAAAAUAGCUCUGUCUACCUGGCAUUGACGGAUCCGUCAGAAUUAUGUGUCCUUUGUCGAUAUGGGAAAUUUUGAAAUAUUACUAGAUAACCACCUGACAUUCUACUGUGAUGGAUACUCGUAUACUUGCGUUCCGCACAGCUUCCCGCCAAAAACUAUUCGUAUUGUUUUUGGUUAUGGAAGCUUAAAGAUGCUGAUAAAAUUUAUUGUAAGUUUAUGGAAUUCUAGAUAAUGAAAUGGAUGCGGAAAACCUAAUUUCUGUACUCCACCUAAAUGAAAAUCCUGAAUAUAUCUUGUUUAAGAUCGCUCUACUAUUCGCAGAGCAAAGCCUUCAAGUUUGGUUUAUAUCUCCUAAACCAUUCGAAAAUAUACCCGUCAAUAUUGUCCAAAUAGACAAAGAGAUAUUGCAACAAAUUACAUUUCUGUACCUCAAAGAUUUUAAAGAUCUGAUAACUGAACUCAAUGGAAUACACUUAUGGCAUAAAGCUCCAAAUAUUAUUAUACUAUCUCACUUUAAAACAUAUCUUGAAGCGCUAGACAAAAACAGUAGUUUUUUUGCAGCAUUUAUUUUAGCUAGUGUAUUGGAUGGUGCUGCUGUGUCCACUAAAAGAAAUAAGAAAAAAACCCUCGUACUAAUAUGUCUUGAAGACAUAACAAAUCUAGAUCAAUUUCAGAUUAUAUUUGAUAUGUAUUUCUCUCACUUUAUACCAAAAAUGGAUCAGGAUAAUAUUGUUGAUACAAUUGUAAAAUUAUAUAUAAACCAAUAAAAACAGAGAAUCUUUUUUUAAUCAA